UAGUCAAGAGCUGGCGGCGUCGGGUGUGGCGCAGGGCGGGCCUGGAGGUGGAGGGCCGUCCCUCCCCCCCGGGCCCGCCCAGCCAUCAGGCCCGGCUUAGCUCUCCAGGGCUUCGUCUGGCGUCCCGAAGUCUUCUGCCCCCCCCCUUUUCUGCCGCCGGCUGCUCUCCUGACAACAGGACGAUCCGAGGUGCGCGCCUGCCAGGAACCCUCAGCGGCCGACGCGGGUGUCCUCAUGACUUCUCUUGUGGACCAUGUCCAUGAUCCUUUUUGCCUGUGUGGUUAGGGUGAGGGAUGGACUGCCCCUCUCGGCCUCCACUGACUUUUACCACAGCCAAGAUUUUCUGGAAUGCAGGAGACGGCUCAAGACUUUAGCCUUGCGACUGGCCCAGUAUCCAGGUCGAGGUUCUGCAGAAGGACUUGACUUCAGUAUCCACUUUUCUUCUUCGAGGGAUGUAGCCUGCAUGGCUAUCUGCUCCCGCCAGUGUCCAGCAGCCAUGGCCUUCUGCUUCCUGGAGACCCUGUGGUGGGAAUUCACAGCUUCCUAUGACACCACCUGCAUUGGCCUAGCCUCCAGGCCAUACGCCUUUCUCGAAUUUGACAGCGUCAUUCAGAAAGUGAAGUGGCAUUUUAACUAUGUAAAUUCCACCCAGAUGGAGAGCAGCUUAGAAAAGAUUCAGGAGGAACUCAAGUUCCAACCUCCAGUGGUUCUCACUGUGGAGGACACAGAUGUGGCUAACGGGGUGAUGAACGGUCACCCACAGAUGCACUUGGAGCCUGCUCCUAAUUUCCGAAUGGAACCUGUGACAGCCCUGGGCAUCCUCUCUCUUAUUCUCAACAUCAUGUGCGCUGCUCUGAACCUCAUUCGUGGAAUUCACCUCGCAGAACAUUCUUUACAGGUUGCACAUGAAGAAAUUGGAAAUAUUCUGGCUUUUCUUAUUCCUUUUGUAGCCUGCAUUUUCCAGUGUUACUUGUACCUGUUCUACAGUCCAGCCAGGACCAUGAAGGUGGUGCUGAUGCUGCUCUUUAUUUGCCUGGGCAACAUGUACCUGCAUGGGCUGAGGAACCUCUGGCAAAUCCUAUUCCACAUAGGAGUGGCUUUCCUGUCUUCAUAUCAGAUACUGACGAGGCAGCUUCAGGAGAAGCAGUCUGACUGUGGAGUGUGAGGAUGACAUCACGGGAUGAACGGAUCCUUUGAUUUUCUUGUGAGGGUCAUCGGUGUUCUUCCCCUGUUUGCUUCUCGACUUCACCUUAAGUUUCCACCCUUGAAGUUCCUUUCAACCAAAGCGGAUUGAUCCCGGGAGCUGAGAUUUUUCAUAGGUGCAGUUGAAAGCAUAAGAUUGCUUGACAUCCAGUCCCAGGUUUGUGCCAAGGGUUACUGCAGAAUCUCCAGUUCAGCACGAUUACUUCGGACGGCAGAAUCUGGGGACUUAUUCAGAAAGAGCAUUAUUGGAAGACCAAAAUGGAAUCAUUUUGGUCUUUUAAAUUGAGUGAUGCAAUAAACCACUAGAUUCAAUAACAGUAGUUUAAAGUAAUUGGCAGUUGUCUCUGAGGAACCAGUUAAAAAUCUGUAUCAGCUUUUCAGUCUAAAUGUGACUUGGUUAGGUUUUUUUUUUGAGGGCCCAGUAGAGGGUGAAUUAAAAACUUUAAAAAGUGGUUUAUAACUAUAAGAUGGAUAAAUAUUGUUUACAUUGUUUGAUAACUUAGGUCUGAUAUGAUACCUUUAGAAUAUUUAAAUAUAUUUUAGAUAUAAGUUGCACAUGGCUUCCCUUAGGGUAAGGACAAACUUAAGCUGAGAAAGUGGUUAAGAAAGCUGAAUUCAUUAAAUUUAUAUAUAACCUUUUAUGGUAGUGGGACUGUAGGGAUACAGAAAUGUUUUGUAUUUAUUUGCAGGAUAUAUCUGAAUAUUUUUAAAAUUGAGUAACCAGUGCUACCGGAUCAUUAACUUAUAAGCAUGAGCAGAAAUGAGAAUAUCAGGAUUCCUUGCAGUUGGCCACAAACUAGAGUAGGCGAGUCACAUAUUCAUACGGUGGCACUUUGCAGUCCCAGGUGGGAGAGGCUGCUGUCACCAGCCUUUUAGGUGGCAGCCGAAUACCUGUCACUUGAAUCGUGUCAUUUGAUACUUGACCCUGUGUACUUGUUCUCAGAAGAUCUCCCAAAUCAAUUACUCCUCCGCACCUUUCCCAAUCAUCUUAAUUAGAUUAAGGGCCUCAUUUUUUUAUGAACAAGAGUUAAGUGUGUGUUAACUUUUUUAGAGCUUUAUAACAUAUAAAGCUUUAUAAUUAACCCAGUGCUCUGAAAAGUUACUUUUCUUUCUCUCAUUGUCAAAAUAUUGACUGAUUAUAGUUUUCCAAAAUUUAGAUCUGCAUAUGAUCCCUGAGGUCUCUAGAAAUUUCAGACUGGGUUGCCCAGUACCAUUCAGGAGGCCGUUUUGGAAGUUUGCCCUUUAGAUUGUUCUUCAUAGAAGUCCGGAAUCUGAAUAGCUCCACCACAAUUGCAUAGAAUACUUUGGGUUGAAUUAUGUGAUCUUGAUAAAUUAAAAAAUCCUAUUUUGGUAGUUUUUAAUAGUCAAAAACUGUUGCAAGAGUUAUUGAGCAGAUGGGGAAAGCAAGGAUGUCAUUUUAGGGAAUUCAGUCGUACUUGGUCAUUACUGGUAGUGAAUUGUUAUUGAGCUACCUUAGUGUCACUUAAAAGUCCAUGUGACUACGAACUGUGUCGGGAAAAUGUUGCCGUGGUAAUUUUAUUUUCUUAUAAUAGAAUUUCCUAUUCUUAAUCAAACAAAGUAUCUGGAUAUGAAAGUUAUGCUGGCAACAUCCUCAGAUGUAAACUUCAGAGUUGUCUCUCCACUGAUUUUGCAUCUGCAUAAUUUUCUGGAUAGCCAGCAGGUGAAUUUUCAGGCUUUCCGGGACAUAAUUUUGAACAGAUGGUGAAAUAGGAUGGGAAGCUAAGGAGGGGAGACAAAUCUUUUUAUAUUAGAAGCACACACACAAAGCUUUAAACGUCGAUUAGAACAACUUACCCAAUGUAUUGUUUUCUUUUUGAGCCCGUGUGCUAUUGGUGUUGCCAUGUAGCCCUGUACCCCAGAUGGUCUGGGGUCUGAGCCUGUGAUCCACAUUCAGCAAGUAGUGAAGAACAUUCCUUGCAGAGGAGACCCUCCUGGUGAAUGCCUCCUGCCCUAGUGGAGAGGUUAUUCACAUCUGGUUGAAUGUAGUCUGAAUCCGUUAACAUCUAUAUGGGGUUUGAGAUUUACUUUUGCAAACAAAAGGGAAAAGAUGCAGUCGACAAACGCUGCAAAAUAAUGACCACAUAAACAUUCUUUAACUGAAAUCCAGCUAAGAGCAGUCUCAGUUCACUGGUGGUUGAAGCUAAUGAUAGGAAAGGCGUUCUGGAGGUUUUAGCCAGGGGAAAUCCCAGGCUCAGGGGUUGACUUGGUUCAGGCCUGGAGUUUUGUAGCCCUGUGUCAUCCUUGAUGCUAGAAAGUUGACCCCCACGUUACCCUCACUCCGCCACACACCUUUGUUUUAGCUGUUCUAGCACCUUGAUUUUCUCAGACGUUAACCGAUCUCACAGGGCUGGAUCCUGGGAUAGAUGAAAUAAUGUUGGAAAAACCUUAAAAGUGCCUUCGGGUGUCAGACGUGGCAAGAUCUUGAGCAUCAGUGUGUGAGGUGUCCCAUAUGCUGUAUCUGGGCGGGGAUGUGGCUCAGUGCUCUCUGGCAGGGGCCAAGUCCAAGGGUUCCCAUUCCGCAAGUGUGCUAGUGUGGGAACCACGUAGACACUGCUUUUCUUUCCCCAGGCUAGCCUGACUGUGAUGAGGACCAUGCCUGGGUUUCCUGUCCUGUGGGGGGACAGUCAGGGGUAUAUUUGGGUGGGAUUUCCUCUCGGUACUAGAGGCCUCACUGCCCUCGGCGGGAGGAAGGUGACCAUAGGCUCCUGGUUUUGCUUCUCCAGCUGACACCCCUUUUAUCUGUGAAUCAAGGCCCAAUGUUUUAAAGCUCUUCAAGGGGUAGGAAAAAAGGGUAUUGGAAGGAGAGCUGAAAUGAGAACGUUUAGCAUCAUUGCUACCAACCCCCCCUUGAGCUCCCUGUUCUUCUCCUAGGUGCCCCUGUUCAGGUCUCCCCUGCCUCUUUCCACUUCUGCCCCCCACAUUCCAGUCCUGGGGACCGAGGCUGAAACUGGAAUCUCUGGAGGGACGGGGAAGCCACCUUUCAUCGUAACGGAUAGGGCGGGUUCAGGAGCUUCAGAGAGGGCACGGAUGGCCCCAAAGCCCAGCCCUCUUCCCUGUGCACCCGCAGGCACACAGCAAGGCUGGCUCUUUGGGGCGCAGGAAGCAGGGCUAGACGAGAAGCGGAGCUGGGGGCUGGCUGGCUGCUGGAAGACAGCAGCUGCCCUUGGCACAUGGGGGCUGCACCACACCUUCAUCCAGGGCUGCCGUCUGUUGUUCCUUGAAGGAGUUGGCUGCUCAUAACAUGAAGGACAGGUGGCCCUCAGAAAACAGUGCAGUGCAGGUGAGGACCGGCGGGGAGGGAGGGUUUACGGUGACCAGAUGAGCGCACAGACCCCUGCCCCGACGUCGCUCACAUUCCAAGUGAUUCUACACAGAAUCCUGCCCAGGCACAGGGAAACCCUAUCUGUGCACUGUGAGCGUUAAUAAUGGUGGAAGAAGAGAGAGUAGAUGUGCCCUGGAGAGCUGAGGUGGGAAGGAGCGCCCUGUCAGCUGGCCCGAGGCCUGGAGGUCGGCGUGGCGCUCCCACUUGGUCUGGCCCUGCAGUGGUCGAGUCACAGCCCGCUGGCCGGGCAUUCUCUGGAAAACGGUGGUAACGUCGGCCGGCUCCCCUGGCGAGCUGUCAGGAGGGUAGAAGCAGUAGUGGAGGGGAUGCUGGGUGAAUCCAUUGUUCAUGUGCAGGAGGAGAAAGGCUUUGAGUUGGUUCACCCAGCAUGCGGAGGUUCUGCAGGCUUCAGGCAGCGCAGCUCAGCACAGCUGUGUCUUCUGGCCUUUACAAAAAAAGACCUCAUGCUUUCAUUCCAGACAGGUAGCAGCCUCUCUUCCUCCCCCGGACCUGCCUCCUGCCUUCCAGGCACGGAGCCUUUGGUUCCAGUGGCAUUGGGUCCUCCAGGAUCCAGGGAGGUUGGUUCUGUUGGUUGGACCAAACCUCAUGGCCUGUCUGACCCAAACGAGGAGAGCUGAUUCUCCCUUCUGGGAGCAGUGAUGUCAAACUUCUGUUGCUGGGGAAACGUCAUUGGCAGAGAACCUGUGGAAAAAGACUUGUCAGUAAAAUCUGGGAAUGGCCGGAUAUGGAAACAUCUGCCCAUGUGUACCGAUGGCAGAGCUGUUGCCCACAAGCGCCUUUCAUUUAGGGUAAAAUUAUCAAAUCCAGUCUAUUCCUCUGCCCUGUGCUUGGUACAUAUGACCUUCUUUAACCCUUAUACUUACAUGAUCCUGGGUUGUUCCAGAAGUGUUAUUUAAUGAAUGAUUCAUGUAAUGUGGCCCCCAGGAUUCCAUUUUGUUUAGUGGACUUUUUUACUAAGAGCAUUAAAGAUUGAGGAUGAUAUAGCCAGAGAAAACCAUUUCCUUCAUGUAUUCAUUUUGAAUGCUUGCCGCCUGUGUUAUCCAAGCUUCUUACUGUUUUCAUGUAAUAACAAAGAUCUAUUUUGAGUAAACGAUGAGUGCGUUUUAACAAACUUUCACACAGUAGUAAAGCCUAAACUUGUGUUAAUGUUGGUAACAAAUGUCGUAUAGCCGUUUAUAUACUAUGUAUAUAUAAAUUAAACGAGGUGGCUUCAGAGGUGGGAGGAGAGUAAAUCUAAGGUGCUUAUCAACUUGUGUGUCGGUAUUUGUGUGAAAAAUCCUGAGUUAUGGGUCCAUUUUCCUAGAUGAGGUGAUGUGGGCCUGGCAUAAUGGAGGGGGGUGUGUUGAGGAGAAGUGAAAUUCAGGUCCUCUUGUCCAGUGAGGUCUAGACAGGUGCAAGGGCUCAAAUAGUCUUCAGCACUAAUCCCCAGACUCUGGAAUGCAAUCAUGGGUCCAGGAAAGACCUUGGAAAAACCAAAAUAGCAAUUGCCGCACUGCCCUGGGGGCUGGAGGGGGCUGCCUUCCAUGCAGGCUCUGCUUCUGCCCAGCCCUUUCCCUGCUCUGGGCUCUGAGCUCCAGCCUGUAUGUACUCUGAGGGUGAUGUCGUUUUCAUUUCCCAGGACGAGCUCUGUCAGGAAAUGGCCACCAGGGGGCACAUCAUCAGGUUCCCAGCUCAGGGGACUGCGCUGUUUUGCAGGAUCGUUCCUUUAGCAGCUGAUGAAAUUCCCAGAAGGGAAACAAAUGCACCAGCCUCUCCUGACGGCACUGAGUUCUGGGAUUCGGGCGUUGGCAGACCCUUUAGAUACCACUGGGUUCACCCCCCUUGUUGCUCAGGUGAGGAAGUUGAGGUCUGUCCUAGGUAGCCAAUGACAGUGUAGCCCAGAGCUCUGUCCUCUGAGCUGAGACCAAGGUGCCAUCAGCGCACUUGGCAGCACCCACAAAGAAUACAAAGGGAUCUUGGCCCAUGAAGGAUGCCCUUUCUGUGCCAGGAAGGCUGGGUGCCGGGAAGGCUGAUGAAUUGCCUUCCUUUUUCUUGGACUCUAACCCCCUGUGGGGUCAGGUAGCAGAAGUGAUGCCUGACAGCUGCCCGGCAUCCUUGGGCAGUGCCAGCGGAGGAGUGAAGGGGCUCAGAGAGAAGGGGCCCACCUGAGUGCGCCUGGCUCUGCUGAGUCAGCUCUAAGACAUCCCCGGAUCGAAUGUGCAGGGCAAAAACUAUUAAGUUCACUGAAGAGCACGACGGAGAGUAUCUGUGACCUGGGGUGAAAAAGUACUCCUUAAACAAAACGUCAUAGGCACGACCCUUAAGGCAAAAUGAUUGAUGAAUCUGAUGACAUACAAAUAAGGAUUUCAUGGGCAAAGUUAAAAGAAUGAGAGAAGAUAUUUACAAUGUCUGAAACCAGUAAGGGAUUAAUAUACAAGCAAUUCCUCAAAUCAGCAAGAAAGACGAGCAGCUUCAAUAGAAAAACGAGCAAUUUGCAGAAGAGAAAACCCAGAAAGCUCGUAAGCAUAUGAAGAUGUUUAAAAUCAUUAGAAAUACAGAGAAAUACAUAUUAAGAUAACCAUAAGACAUCACCUGACGCCUGUGAGUUUGGCAAAAUUUAGAAACCUGGAUGGGACCAAGUAUUGGAGCGAGUAUGGGGAUCUAGGACUUCGUGUGCAGCAAAUCUGAAGAGCAGUGCUACUGUUAUGAGCUGAACUGUGUUCUCCCCAAAUUCAUAUGUCCAAGUCCUAACCCCCGGUACCUCAAAACGUGACUGUAUUUGGAGAUACGGUCUUUAAAGAGGUAAUUAAGGUUAAAAAAAUAAGAGGUCAUGUGGGUGGGCCCAAAUCCAGUAUGACUGCUGUCUUAUAAGAAGAGAUUAGGACACAGACCCAUACAGAGGGGAGACCAUAGGAAAGUACAGGGAGAAGGUGGCCGUCUGCAAGCCAAGAAGAAACCAGCCCCACUGACACCUUGAUCUCCAACUGCUAGCCUUCAGAAAUGUGAGAAAAUAAAUUUCUGUUCUUUCAUCCACCCAGCCUGUGGUACUUUGUUCUGGUGGCCCUAGCAAACUAAUACAGCUGCCUACUGAAAUUUAGUGUACACACACCUUAUGAUGUGGAAACUUCACUUCUGGUUCUAUGUCCCUGGGAACUUCUUACACAGAUCUUUAAGGGGUCACGUAUGAAGAGAAAUGUUUACUGAAGCAUCAUGUGUGUUGGCAGAACGCAAUCUGUGUGUCUACCGUGGACAGAUGAAGCGUGUAGGCUCAGCAUGGAGCAGCAGGCAGGAGGCAGAAGUACCAGAUUUAGAUGUAGUCACGUGCAUGCAUCUUCAAAACAUAGAACUAAAAAAAAAAUAAUAAUAGAACUGAGUGAAAAAUAA